AUGACAGCGCCAGGAACCGAAUGGGAAGAUCUUAGGAAACAAGCACGACUGCUUGAAAAUGAAAUUGAUACUAAACUUAUGUCAUUUUCAAAAUUGUGUUCAAACUAUGUUACACGUGAUCAUCACCUUCACAUCGAUACAACAUUAUCGUCAACAAAUUCUACAACAUCGUCAAACAGUGAGCGAAUGUAUGAAACAAUGUCAAUUGAAAUUGAAAAACUUGUAGAAAGAUUAUCGGAUAUAAAUAAACGAAUGUCUGAUGCUGUCUCAUCAUUAUUAGGACCAAAUUCAGCUGCUACCCACACAUUACAACGUCAUCAUGAAAUAUUACAAGAUUAUAGACGAGAAUAUGAACGAACAAAAGCUAAUAUAAGAAAUUUUAAAACUCGUGAAGAUUUAUUGAUGAAUAAUACAAAUGGAAGUAGUGAACCAACAACAAAUGGUAGCGGUCAAUCAUCAACAGGUGUUGCGACAGGUGGUUUAAGUGCGAGACGGCAAGAUUAUUAUUUAAAAGAACUUGGCCAUUUAAAUAAUUCAAAUCGUUUAAUGGAGGCUAAUUUGGAAAUGGCAAUGAAAACAAAAACAGAUUUAAUGGUUCAACGUAAACAUAUGACAACUAUAACACAAAAAGUCAAUGCAUUGGCUAAUAGAUUUCCAUUAAUAAAUAAUCUAAUGCAAAAGAUUAAAAUGUCUACUUCGUACGAUAAUCGUUUAUUGUCUUGCCAUGAACAAAAUACGUUUAUUUGUCCAUCAUCACCAUUAAGAGAAAACGAUAAUAAUGAAAUAUAUAUUGAUGAAAAUAAUGAAGUACUACUCUAUCCAAAUGCACCCAUCUCUGUCUUGUCUACUUAUUUGGCUAUUGAAAAAUUUAUGAUCGAUGCAAAAUUAUCAUUUUAUGAUCAAAAGAACUUAUUUGAAUUAAUCUUAACUUUACUACCAAAUGAAAAUAAUUUAUCAUUAAAUAAAUAUCUCAAAUGGUUGAUAUGUCGUUUACAGCAAUCAAAUGAAACAGCAAAUGAAACAUCUAAAAGAAAAAGUAAUGAUGAUGAAAAUAGAAAUUUAAAAAAAUUUCGUACAACGCAUGAUUCUACCUGUACAACAUCCCCACAAGAUACAUAUCUACCACCAAUGACAAAUGGAGAAAAUUCACUGUUAAAUUAUGUACAAAAUGAAUUGAAACUUAGCGAUAUGAUCCGACAAAAACCAAAUGAAAAAUUAGAUUCACUUAUAAAUAUUGUUUUACAAAUAGCUGCUAGUAUAGACAAAAUUAAACAAUAUUUGGUGAAUAAAGAUGAAAUUAGUGAUGAAACAACAAAAAUGGUUUCUAUUGAACCAAUCACAAAUACAAAGCGAAAAAAACAGAACCGUACGCUAGAAAGUGAACGUUCCGAAUGUAUCGACGAUAUACUCAAAGAUUCAUCAAUAAUAAUAACUCCAUUGGAAACAACAUCAAUGGAUAUUAAGAAGACAAUGAUAUUCAAUGGACGAAAUAUGAUUAAACAUUUACGACCUAAUAUGACGAUAACAUCAUUCACUAGGCAAGUAUGUUGUGAUUUAUUUACAAAACAGGAAAUAUUAGAUCGAUUGCAUACAGAAGAAAAUGAGAGAACAACAUUUUUGAAACAAUGUAUUCGUGCAGCAUGGAAUUUAUCUGAUAUACAAUUUAGUUCAGUAUGGAAUAGAAUUCGUACAGCAUUAAUGCAACUUCGAAGGGAUGUUUUAGCUGGUAAAUGUAUGUCAAAAAAACCUGUCGGUGGUGGUAGUACUGAAGUACCAGGAGAAGAAGAGGAACAAUACAACAGUAAUAGUUCAUUUUUUAUUCAUAAUUGCCCGAGUGAAGAAGAUUCCAAUGAUGAUGAUGAACAUGUAUAUAAUAACGGUGAUAAUGAACUUGGUUUACAAGCAUUCAUUAAAAAUGAAAAAACUUAA